UAACGGUGGCAAUCGCGAUUGCGUGGCCGCAAUAAAAGUUUCAAUUAGCUUCUGGACUUUUCCAAGCUGUCUGUAGGUCUGUUACAAGCUCGUGACUGGAUAUUAUAUGAAAGUUCUUGCUACAGGAUGUACGUUUUCAUUUCUGAUUGGAUAUUAUCAGCAGGCGAUAACAAGAUCUGUAUCAUGGAGCACUUUCCCACCUGGCUCGUCACAUAACUUGUUUUUGCGGAAAUCAUUUAUGUAUGUCAUUAUACCGUGUGAAAAGUAACCUGGAUCACAACCUGUAUCUCUCCGAAGCACACUUUACGGGACAGCAGUGACACUAUCUUGUUUAUUAUUUUCUUAAUUGGUUUCGGGAGAACGAAAGCAGCGGAAUUCAAAGUUAAUGAUCAGUAGGAUUUCUAGUGGAUCACUUGUGAAAUUGGGUCUUUUUCACUUUAAUCUAAGGAACCACACUUAAUCUUGUAUAGCGUCUUUUGCUCUUGAAUGUCACAAAUUUAGGAUCCAUAUUAUUUUCAUUGUUUGAUGUGAAAUUGUAACCAGCUUUUGGCGCAAACCUUACAAACUUGGCGUGUGAUCCCGCGGCUGAGUUAAGGGAAUAGUUCCUGUGGAUUACGCGCGUAAUCUAAAUUCUUCUCUUAUCGUUUGUUCAUGAAUUAGUGAAAGAAGCAUCAUGGAUGAGUCCGGGAAUUUCUCGCAAUUCAAGGAUAUUGUCAAUAUAAUGGAGAACGACUGCAGGAAUUUCGAAAUACUGCACGACAUAUUCCGUAACACGAACUACACGGGGAAUCCGGAGCCCGUACCGACAUGGGAGAUUUACGUGAAGUGUAUUUUUUAUGCUUUAAUCCUCGGAACAGCUUUCUUUGGAAAUCUCAGUGUGUUGGUGAUUGUGACGAUGAACAGGAACAUGCGGAGCACAACGAAUAUCUUCAUUGCUAACUUGGCAAUUGGGGACAUGUUCAUUGCCGUCUGUCCCAUGUGGGUGAAACUUGUGGAGAGUAUUACUAUGCGGUGGCCUUUCGGCGAAUUCAUCUGCAAACUAUGGCCGUUUCUACAAGUGACCUCGAUGUGCGGUAGUGUCUUCACCCUCACGGCAAUUGCAUGCGAUCGCUUCUUUGCUGUGGUAUUCCCCCUGAAAUCCCGCGCCACCAAACGGAACGUUUUCGUCAUCAUCGCCGUCAUAUGGGUCCUGUCAUUGGCGAUUGGAAUUCCUGAGGCAUUCGCCUACAACAUGGUCGACAGACAAUGGAACGACUACCACGAGAUAUUCUGCUACGAAUCCUGGGUUUAUUUCUCCUGUAAUAUGUCCAAGCGUACACUUUACCCAAAGAUCUACUGGACAUUUGUCUGUGCGGUGACGAACUGGUUGCCCAUGAUAAUUAUGACCGCUGUAUAUAUCUCCAUAGCUAUAAUCAUGUAUAGACGUAAUCGCAUCGUUCCAAAUUCAAAUUCAUACGGAAAUGUACAGCAACGUUCAAUGAGAAAGGUUCUGCGAAUGCUGUUUAUAGUUCUGAUGGCGUUCAUUGUGUGCUGGGUUCCAUUUCAAAUCAACGUCGUCUAUGCCCACUACCGGCCUUCUUACCAGACACAGUUACCAUCGUGGUUCAGACCAGUUCAGUUUGGCUCCAUCUUACUAACGCAUCUGAACAGCGCCCUGAACCCAGUCAUUUAUGCCGGCCUAAACGAAAGCUUUCGAAAGGGAUUCGUCUACGUGUUCGUCUGUUGGAAACGGAAGUAUUAUUAUGAUAGAUUUGUGCAGCAGUGCGGACGAUCACAAGGGGACAGCAGGGUGUAUAUGACAACGUAUCACAACGGACAAACACAUUUCACAGCCAUUGGCGUCGGAAACGGUAGCCUCGUUCGAGGUUCACGACGACGAUGAUAGUUGGCGUGGCGAGUUGUCGUAAUGGAUCACGUGGUCAGUUAUACCCUCAAUUUGUACAGAACGUCAACAUAUCAUCGGUUCGCGACCGGAGGAGAGAAAGUGAUGACGUCACGACUCCCGAAAUCAACUUAUAGGUUCAUGUUAUUAAGGGCAUCGCGUAAAUGAUGCUAAUUUGCAUGUAUGCCAUCGGCUUGUUUUGGUUGAUUGGGAUUUCUUGACGUCAUUACUUUCCCCUUUUGGUUUGUAGGACCACUUAUUUCGUUAAUAUUUGGUAAAAAGGGAUAUGCGGACAAUCCUUAUCAUCUCAUGAUAGUUGUGUUGUGAGGAUUACGAGUUCCGGAGAAAAAACCUUUUGGAAUUUAGGCAUCCCGGACAGCGCCUCGGUGGUCAGUUGGACUCUCCCGACGGCUGGGCGCUCGAUUAGUUCUUCGUCGGAACCAGUUUAUAGUCUACCAGUCUACCAGUCUACAAUGGCCAAAUACCUCAGAGCGCAGACGACAGUGCCUUGUUGUGCUACUUUCAUUGAUCAAUGCAAAUGUAUUAACAAAUGACACUGAUGGUUUAUAAAGUUUGUCAAUUCCAUUAUCUGAUUUGUACAUUAGUUGAUAAGACGUUAAGACACGGUCAGCAGAAGAUGUCCAAGCAUCAUCUCGGUCACACUACAAGGGGAUUAGCAACAUAAUGGUGUCGCUACUAAUGAGAUCCGAUAGCCCAGUACCUAUGGCAAAGAUCUUUUAUACGAAAUGUAUCAAAGAUGUUAGAAAGACCAUUACUUUUACUUGCCCUUUACCGGUUAAGGCCUGCGACCACACUGAAAUAGUUUCAUGGGGUCGGUGUUAUCAAGAUUUCCCCUUGUGACCCUUUGAUAUGUAAAACCAUACAUAUUGUCAAACAAUGGGCUUUGUUUUAAAAGACAAUAGAUCAACCGUAUAUUACGCUGGGCCUGAAUUCCUUUGACUGCGAGGUCAGAGGGAAAAUAACGUCAUGACUGCUGACUGACCAAUGAUGUUAAGCAUCAUUGCUAUGACAUAUCACUGUCAUUGCGUUCUUAUAAACCACUAACAACCUUGAAAAAUACUAGGACAAUCGCGUUCAUGAUAGAUACAAUUGAACACGCACUUCAGCCAUGGCGAUAUUUUGCAGGCGUGCUGAUAUACCCAAAUGAUAAUAAUUCUCUUCUCAGACCGUCACUGUAGCUAAUCCCCCUGUAGCAAAUGUCCCUGGAUGCUGUCAGAAGUAUACUUAGCAGUAUGACUAUAGAAACAGAAUAGGAUUGGUUUCAUACACAAAAGGAGAACGGAUUCACGACAUCUCUUGGACAUGAUGGAGUUAUCAGCAAGGUUUCGCAAAUCUCACGAGUUACGAAUUACGAAUUGAGACCAUGUUCAGAUUCCCCAAACCUUAAAGUUAACGUACAUGUACAACGCCGACCUAUUAAACGUGCAACGAUCUGUUAAAGCGUUCUGCAUAGGGUCUGAGGUAGA